AUGGAUACAGUUUUGGCCGAACACUGUGUGUCACCGAAGCUCUACAGCCGGCGGGACUGGUACAAAUGGGUUGAGAUGGUGAGAGAUACUGCUGCCAGCUACUGGACGUACUGGGAUCCUCUAUACCGCAAGCCAAAAGAACGACGGCUCCAAGCACCCAGGGCGUGCCAACGCGGGCCACAUCCCGGCUCUCUCAGGACUCCUCUGGGGCCACGACACCCCCAAGAGACCUCGCCAACGGGCAGGCCAACGGCUACGCCGGCCACCCUUGACCGAGGAGAGCUCCCCGAGUUCUCUCGGUAUUGGACUGAGCGGGAGCUUUAUACAGCCUACGAUAAUAAGCAGUCUGUGGUCAGGUCCUUGAUCCACCGGUCGGUGGCUCCCCACAUCGCAGACCGGCUUGACGAUCUCCCAGACGACUCUAUUGCUGGCUGGCUAGCUUUUCUCUACAAGCACUAUGGAGAAAACAAAGAAGAAGCAAUGCUCCUAGCAGAAAAGGAGUACCAGGCAGUCCUUGGGAAGUUCAUCGCCAGGACGCCAAAGGAGUGGUUUACGAGCUGGCGGAACGCUCUACACGAAUGCGGGCGGCUGAACCUACCAUGUACGAUAUCUGGAUCUUGGUUACGAGACUUGUACGUCGUCCUGAUUCCGCACUUUGCAGACAUCGCCAUAGAGACCCGCCGAGCAUACAACUCAAAGGACCCAGACGAAUAUGACGUCCGCCGCGCAUCCCAUUUGGAGUCGGAGGUGCUGCAGGCGACGACGUGGCUUGAGCGGUCUCGAUCUUUGUACUCUGGCAGGGUCGUCAAAGGAUUCGGGUGUACAGCGUCUCUCGACCCAGCUGACGAUGGGGCGAUUCAAGGAGCAGCCAACAAAGGCCUGCCAGCUCAAAAUACCGACGAGCAGCCUCCUCCCUACGCUCAGAAGACGACCUACAAGAAGAGGCCGCGCACGAACACACGAGGCGGGAUCCACCGCCCCGUGAAGCGUCAACAAGGGGACCCAGGUGAGAAGAAGUGCGAGGGAUGCUUGAAAACAGGCCACACAUGGGAGCAAUGCUGGGGACUUUUCCCGGAGAAGGCGCCAAAAGGUGUGCACACCAGCCGACUCCGCCACGUUGUAGCAGUAGCUGAAGCUGUCAUGUUUAGCAAGCCAGACCUUGCUCAACGCGUCACCGACAAACGCAAGCACCUCUAG